UUUGACACCCACUGUUAUUUAUUUGUACUUUGUCGGUUUUUCAUUAGACUAUUCAUAUGAAAUAUAUAGUAUAAAUAAUUAUAAAUUAUUUUUAGUUAAUCAUCGGAGCCAUGGAAUCAAUAUCAGACGAUUUCACAAGGCUACGAUGUCGUUUGUGUUUCCACGCUGGUUCAAAUGGACAACUCAUUGAAGUAUUCGAUAAAAAUCACGAUCUGUCUAAACGGGUUCUCAGUGCUCUCGGAGUAAAGAUAAAUAGAAGUGAAAAACAGGCUAGAAUAUGUACGGUAUGCGAAACUAUAGUGGACAUUAUUCAAAGCUUCCAAGCUGUCUGCAAACAAACCAAUCAAUUACAUCACAACCAUAUAGAUUUCCUCCUUUAUGAUGCAUUUUGGGACAAUCGGGAGCAAGAGGCUGUUAAAGUUACAGAGAAGAUGAUUUUGGCUCACAGAUCGGAGGUAGAUAACUUUAUGAGCAAAACUACAACUCUACCAUUAAAAAAGGAGACCGAUCUAAUGCCGUCUGUUGUGACCUCAGUCGAACUACCCGUUGAAGAGGUAGCAAAGGAAAAUCCUUUGACUGAUGUUCAUGUAACUGAAAUGGUCAUCUGCGAACCUGCAAUCAAGGACGAGACAGUGGACAAUAAUUGUCAAUUGCAAUUUCAAUCUGAAUUGGAAGAAACGGAGGUAGCUUGCGAAGUUGAUGAAAGAGGAAUUUGUGAUAUAGGAUCUGACAAUGAUAUCAAACCAGAUAUAAGUAAUCCCUCCCUGGAGUCCGAGAAAGAAAAAGAAAACGUCAACGAAUGUCAUACGGCUAAAAGGCGAGGACGAAAGCCCAAGUUAUUAAAAUGCACUAGUGACAAAAGUGGAAAUGAAAAUAAGGCACCGCCCCGAAGGGGCAGAACAAGACUUAAAAUUGUAGACGACGACCCGAGUACGGACGAAUAUGAACCUAAAAUUCCCGGGAAACGUGGACCUCGGCGUAAAAAAGUUCGCAAAUCGGAUCCCAGCGUAUGUGAUAUAUGUGGUCAAACGGUAGCUCAUUUCAUAAAAGAAUCCCAUCGCAAUCAACAUCUUGGAGUGCGGCCGUACAAAUGCGAUCACGAUGGAUGUGGUCGUACCUAUUUUUCACAGAAUGAUUUACGAACCCAUAGUAAACGGCACCAGAUAACGUAUCACGUGUGUGAGAUAUGUGGACGCAACAUCAAAGGAGUGGAAUGGUUUAGGAGACAUGUCAAAACGCACACCGAAGUUCCGCAGUUUACCUGUGAGGUUUGUGGUAGCAAAUUUCGCCGGAAAGCUCAACUACAAACGCAUAUGGUGACGCACACGGGAUUAACGCCCCACGAGUGCGAAACAUGUGGCAAAAGAUUUGCACUAAAAUACAAUUUGGAAGCCCACGUGAAACGUCACCAAAAGAAAGAGGUUGAGAAAGUGCAAAAAGAUGCAGCUGAGAAACGAACCUGGAAGUAUUAUGUUCGAGCGGAAAAUUCCGGUUCAAAGCAUCAUGUAACGUGCGAAACAUGUGGGAAAACGGUUCACAAGCGAGAAAUCGAGGGUCAUGUGAAUAAGCACCUCGAUCGACGUCCCUAUUCAUGCGAUGUACCCGGCUGCACGUUGGCUUUCUAUGGAUUGAGAGGCAUCAAGGAACACAAAAUGGUAGUGCAUUCGGACAAAAUUUUACGCUACGAUUGCAGUAUCUGUAAUCGUUCUAUCAAAGGUGCAGGCACCUUUAAGAGGCAUGUCAUGAUGCACAAUUCGGAUAUGAAGGUGGAAUGUCAGCAUUGUGGUAAAAAGUUCACUUCGAAAAGCUACCUGAAGGCUCACGAGCAAAAGCAUUCCGGCGAGCGUCCUUACAUUUGUGAGCUUUGUGGUCGAUCGUUUGCCAUGAAACCUUGCUGGAAAAUGCACAUGAAAACCGUACACCAUGAGGAUCAUCGUGAACCAACACGGAUUCGCAAACGAGAGUCGAGUGAUUUGCUUAAGCCAGCAAAUUCAACUGCAGAUGAUAAUGAUGCAAAUGCGACAGAAAAAACAUCAGCAGUCGCGUCACUAUCAUUAUUGGACACUCAAAGUGAUGAAAACUUGUCAUAUCAUUCCCAACCGCCAUUUUUGCAAAAAGAAGAUCAAACACAUCAAAAAGGGCCAUUCAGCUCGUCAAAUGUUCCGCUCUACCAGACGCCCGAAUCUGUACAAACAGAUUAUUCAUAUUGAAAUAUUAUGAAUUAAGUUUUUCGUUGAAAAAAGGCUAGAAACAAA